GUACCUGGAAAUGAGAAACUAUCGCGCAAACUAUUUCAGUCUUCGAUUAAAUUACAUCGGUAAAUUUAGAGACCUAAAUUAAGGUUUGUCGACUAGAAACACGGCCGCUGAAGUUAUGUGACAAUCAUUAGAUUGCCACGCAUAUUAGAAAUCUAGAAAAUCGGAUAAGAUUAACUGAUGAAACAUAAUACAAUUAAAGAUUUAAGUGAAAAUUUAUUUAAUAACAAAUUACUAUUUACUAGUUUACAAAGUUUAGCGAGUUCUUCAAAACCGCUUACGAUGCUGCGACGGUAGAACCAUUCGCCAGUCGUUUCAAAGAAUCGUCUACGAAUGGAGACAGAGAAGGAAUGAUAAAGGUUCUCAUGGACAUACCGUGCAUAGAGAACCUGAAGAUCGUUGAUUCGUACACGGGUAAGGAUGAUGUUAAAGCAACAGAGCUUUACAAUAAAAGUCGAACGAUUGACGAGAAUGAUGUUACGCGAGAUGAGGAAAAUAGAAUUAGCCUCCUCAUCGAAACACUGUUUACGGCCAGUGUGAGUAGUAGAUUAUUCCUGGACGCGCUCGUAGACUGCGCACGACAUUGGUACGACUCGAAGGCUUUCGCGAAAUGCCUCAAGUACUGUGAGUGUAUGCUUGCGCUUCCAGCGAACUUUUACAAUAAAACCGUAGAAAGUAUGAACGAUUUCUUGGAACGUAGGAACACGUGCGUACAUUUAGAGAGCGAGUGCGCGAAAAAUUUGAAGUCGUUGUCCUCGCGAGCCAGGAGAGCGCGUAGAAAACACAACUCGAAGCAAAGUUCAUCCUUGGAGGACCCAUUGGCGAAUCGAGGUCGCCAGGAAGCACCAACCGUUGAAGGGAAGCGGCACAACAUUCUUAAAAGUUGCUCUGACGCUGUGACUCUGCAAUUCGAUGAGAGAAGAGGCAGACAUCUCGUUGCCACCAGGGACAUUAACGCGGGAAGCGUUCUCAUCGUAGAUCCAACCUUUGCUUUCAGCACAAAUAAAGAGGCGCUAGACAGAAAUUGUUUACAUUGUCACGUCACCCUUAAAUGGACCGACGUUGUUAAGAUUCCCUGUCAUUUGUGUCGAACGGUGUCUUUCUGUUCGGAGAAGUGUCGCCGUGAAGCAUGGCAGAUGUACCAUCGAUACGAAUGUUCCGUAUUCGACGCUUUUUACGAGAACGAUUCCGAGCAAAAGCAGCGUCAAGCUACGCACUUGUUACUGGCCUAUAGAAUGACGAUCGUGGGGUUCUUAUCUUCAAACGCUGGAAAAACGAAUAACAAUAACAAUACGGAAGACGAUAUUCCAUUUCUGAAUGACAAUUUCCUUCGGUAUCACACUACAAGCGUAAAUAAAAUAUCCAACACAUUAGGGAUCAGUGAGGUGUACACUCCCCACGAUUAUCGCACCGUGUUAGCGUUAGAAACUCAUUGCGCGACUUUGGAACCGAACGUGAACCUUAUUCGCGCUAUCGAGGCAAUCUUUUUAGCAAAAUGCUUUACUUUCGCCUUGAGUAGAUUGGACGUUGUUUGCUUGAAGGAAACUCUUCUCUCCUUAGCUGUAGGAACAUUGCAUCAUUUACAGGCGAUUAAUUGCAACGCCUACGAGAUCGUAGAGAACGUGUACGACAAGGAGACUCAUGUUUGGGAACCGAGACUUGUUGGCGGGGCUAUCUAUCCAUCGGUCAGUCUUGUAAAUCACAGCUGUUGCCCGAACGUCGUUCGUCAUUCUUAUCCAUCAGGAACAGUCGUGGUAAGAACAUUACGCUUUAUCGGUAAGGGUACCGAAAUUCUUGAUUGCUAUGGGCCACAUUUUCUUACCGAAGGCAGAUUACAAAGACGCGAGUAUUUGUGGAAAAAGUAUCGUUUUCUGUGCGCAUGCGAAGCUUGCACGCAAAACUGGCAGUAUCCGUUACCUGAAACAAUGAAUUAUAAAUGCAGGGCAUGUUCAGAAAUAAUCGGUACACUUAGUUUGAAUGAAAAAGAUACGCGGAACGUAUCGAGUACACUAUGUCGCAAGUGUAAUGAGAAAAUCGAUUGUAAAAAAUUAAACAAUCAACUUCGAAAAUCAAUUGACAAACGAUUAAACGCGAUUUCCAAGAUGUACGAAAGGCAAUACGCACAGGCUCUGCCUCAAUUACUUGAGCAUAUAUACUUUAUUGACAAGUUUUUCGCUGCACCCAACAUCGAGACUAUCAAAACACAACAAUGUAUCAUUCAAUGUUACAAUCAGUUUGGCUGUACCUCCCAAUAAUAAGUUAACAAAAUUUUCAUAUUUCUUUCUCUCUCUCUACAUACAUAACGUUACAUGAUUUGGGAUUUAUAUCACAAAGUGUUGAAAGAAAUUUUUUGUUACGAUUAUUUUUUGUAUUAAACAUUAUGUAUCUUUGACCCCUACGAGCAGUGCAAAAUGUUACAAAAAAUACAAACUGCCCUGCAUUCACGAUCGUUUGACCUUGUUUUUACAAUUUACAAUUAUCGAAGAAGUUGAUGUUUCCGAUGUAAAUGAAUGUUGAGCAUAAAUUUAGUAAGGCUUUUGAAGUACAGAUGUGAUAUAAGCACCAUUGGUAUUACUGGUAAUACUUCAGUUUCUUAAUACAUAUCAACACUUGCUAUAAAUGCACGUAAUUACGAUAUUGUGUUCUUUUGCGCUUAUCAAGUGAAACUAAAAGAAAAUGCGUAGACCUUAAAAAUUAUUGUUGUAGUGUUGACACUGCUUGCAUGAAAAAUAAAAA